UUUUUUUCCCCCUAAAAGCUUCAUUAUUCCCUCGAGCCUGCGGGGACGCGCACCUGCGUGUGGGACAUUUAACGCAUCUCGUGAACUCCACUAAAAAGAGGUUCAACUCCUCCCUUCAGAGUUUCAACGCGGUCCCGAUAGAGGAUGGUGCUGCUGCUGCUGCGGCUGGUGCUGAAUGCGAGCCGCUCGGCGCUGGCUGCAGUUUGAAGACGAGCUGGAGGAGGUGGAGGGGAGCGGAGGAGAGGAGAGAAAGACCCUAUAGGUGUGCGCGCGUAUGUGUGUGAACGAGAAGAAGAAGAAGAAAAAAAAGAAGAUGGGUGGGGGGGAGAAAGCUGAGUGCGCUGAGCGUGAGCCCGGGAGCGCAUUAUCUGGGCGCUCGGUGUGCCACGGAGAGACGCGACCAGGAGAAGAUGCGGAUCUCCUCAGCAGCCGAGACUAACUGGUGGGAUUCAUGUCCCCCGCAGCUGAGUGGCUGAAACCUAUUCGUAGGACGAAAAUAGGAGGAUCUCACACCGGCAGUCAAAGUUUUUUCUCUCUGUAGUUGGAUUUUUUUAAUUCUUUUUUUUUUUUUUCCUUCUUCCCCUGACGCCCGUGAUGGAGCGCCACUUGGGAGAGAGAGGAUGAUGGACACUUUGGCACCUGCAGCACUCGUCCAGAAAAUCCCUCCGUCUCCACAACAAGGCGCGCGCUGCUGACCGAGCCCUCAGGACGGCGAUCGCUCAUUUGUUUUGAAGUGGAAGAGGGGCAAAAAAAAAAAGAUUGGUAAAAAAAAAAAAAAAAAAAAAAAGAGAGAGGUGUGAGCUGGGGGAUGUUGCGCGCAGCGAUUCCUCGGAGACCCGACGUGCGCACUCAUCAUAUUCCCGCCGAGGAGCGCACCUUAAAGAGAAGAGCUCCGGUCUGCCUUCACUGCUCACUCCCGCUGCUCGGAACUUGUUGAGCGGCUCUACAGAAGGGACAUAAACCCCGGGGGGACGCGAGAAAUCGCCAGAUCAUCGCACGGCGACGCGGACUAUGACUGACAGCCAGGGGAGCUGAGGAGACCUGCCACUCAUUUUGCUAUCAGCGUGUCAGAGGGGCUUGUCUAGACCCCUUCUUCCUCCUCGGUCUUCUCUUCUUAUCUUCUGUAACCCUCAAAGUCCUGGGCCUCUCUGGAAACUGGGAAAAACCCUUCUAAAUCAAGCAUUGCUCCCCCCGCCCAAAAGGGCGUUUGACAUGCCUCCUCACUCCGUUUAAGUCAUCAGAAAAAGACGACUGCAACCCGCCACCCCCCUCUGGUUGGUACAUCUUCAGAAGGAGGCGCCGCUCCGUCGGAAGGAGCUGAGAGAGGAGCAGUCAUGAGGUUCCAGUUUGCACUGACCCUCCAGGCGAUAUGGACUGGCAUGUGCCACGCUGCCAUGCAGCACUACCCUGCAGCGUGGGGCCACUACGAUGUCUGCAAGUCCCAGGUGUACUCGGACGAAGGUUUAACCUGGGACUACAUGGCCUGCCAACCCGAGGCAGCAGACAUGACCCAGUUCCUGAAGGUCACUCUGGAUCCCCCCAACAUCACCUGCGGAGACCCUCCGGAGACGUACUGCGCCCUGGAGAAUCCGUACAUGUGCAACAACGAAUGCGACGCCAGCACCGAGGAACUGGCGCACCCUCCGCAGCUGAUGUUUGACAUCGAGGGUCGCAACCCCACGACCUUCUGGCAGUCCACAACUUGGAAGAAGUACCCAAAAGCCCUUUUGGUCAACAUCACGUUGUCCUGGAACAAAACCAUCGAGCUGACCGACGACAUCGUCAUCACGUUUGAGUCGGGCCGGCCAGAGCAGAUGGUCCUGGAGAAAUCUCUGGACUACGGCCGAACCUGGCAACCCUACCAGUUUUACGCCACCGACUGCCUGGACGCCUUCACCAUGGAGCCCAAAACAGUGCAGGACCUCUCCCAGCACACCCUGCUGGACAUCAUCUGCACGGAGGAUUACUCCCGAGGGUACGUGUGGAAGUAUGACAAAACUGUACGCUUCGAGAUCAAGGACCGGUUUGCACUGUUUGCUGGGCCCAGACUGCACAACAUGGCCUCGCUUUACGGUCAGCUGGACACCACCAAGAACCUGCGGGAUUUCUUCACCAUCACGGACCUGAGGAUCCGGCUGCUUCGGCCUGCCACCGGAGCCACCAUGGUGGACGAGAGCAGCCUGUCGAGAUACUUCUACGCCAUUUCUGACAUCAAAGUCCAGGGCAGGUAAGAAACGCUCCGAUGACAGUCAACCGGGAGAAG